CUUUCGACGGUUUAAGCCCUAAAAUUGAGAAAUUUUUACGUUUUCGUUUCAAUUUGCCGCCCAAUUUUCAGAACCCCGCUUCGCUGUUCGCUCUCUCCUUCCCAAUGCCCAGCUGCUUCUCCAUCUCUUCACCUUCGCAAUGACCCUCAAUUUGCUCUCUCUGAUGGAGAAAUCGUGAUUUCACGGUCCUAGGCUGAUUGCACGAGUUGUUAUCUUGGAAAAAGAUCAGUGAUAUGGCUACUUCAUCUCCUGUCCCGAGUAAUAAGAGUGCUGACUCUGUGGUUGCUACUAGUACAACCUCCAAUGGCAACACAACUCCUCAAAGGUCACUUAUGUUUGAAAUGCCAAAGCAAAACCUCCGUGGAAUGAACAAGCCUAAGUGUAUCAAAUGUGGCAAUGUCGCUCGUUCAAGGUGUCCUUUUCAAUCCUGCAAGAAUUGCUGUGCAAAAGCACAAAAUCCAUGCCAUAUUCAUGUCUUGAAAACCAAUGGUACUUUACCGGACAAGGCACCCAACUCUACCUCGCCUGCAUCGGAAGCUCCAUCUGCUGAUUUGCCUUCUACAGGGGCUUCUUGGAGGCUUAAUUCCCUUAGGCAGCUUUCGACCACCUUUGUCAAUACCCUUCGAGUUCGGAAACCUCUUUCACGAAAGGAUGCUAUAAAUAUAAACAAGUGGAGAUUUUCAAGGUUGAAGCAAUACAAUGAUGGAGAAAUCGAGGCUGAAAAUGAAGCUUUUGAAAGAUACAUGGAGAAUGUGAGGUUGUUGGAGGAAACAUUCCAUACGGGAGAACUGGUGAAAUCAGAAGAACUAAUCACGUCAGAAACUGAUUCUUCUGCUGAGAAAGUUCAGAAGUUGAUUUCUGAGAUAAAAGUGAAACUAAAAUCAAAUGCUGAACGAGCAGAAAGCAUCCGGAAGAGAGUUCGGAAUCUUGUGGAUCAGAAAUUGGGGAACUUGCAGUCUGCAGGGCUUGUGGACGAUGAGAACUUUUCAGGCACUGAUGAUCUUGAUGGCGACAAUGUCGCAAAACGAGCAAAGAUAGAAAAAUGGCGAGUUGAAAGGACUGUGGCAGUGGAUGCAUUAAUCGAUAAAUUGAACAAAGCCCGAAGUGAGGAUGACUUGAAAUCAUGUUUGGAAACAAAGCAGCUGUUGUUUAAUCAAACAAAAAACAUGGAUGAUCUUCUUUCUCAUUUAUGUUCUCAUUCACUGUGCAACAAGACAUACACCGCUGUCGAUGUAAACCAAGACUCUCUAGCUAAUGUCAAUGCCGAAUUCUCCGCACUCGAUCAAGUUGCAGAACUAUGACUCAAGCUGUCUAACAAUUGGGAUCUUCGACUUUAGAUUAGUUGACAAAUAGAUGGCCAAAAGUUUUUGAUGUAUGUUAUUUUUUUUCCCUUUUUCUUUGUAUUAGAUUUCCAUUUGUGAAUAGACAAAAAUGAAAUCAUUCUUAUCGUUUGGAA